AUGCGAGCAUUGUCACGCUCUCGCCUUCCAGCAACUAAGACGCUCCUUCCGUUUCUUUACCAAACACCGACGAUCCAGCAAUGGCAGGCCGCCACGCGAUCAAUUGCUCGCCGCAACAUCACCUCACCAUCGCGCCCGUACGACACAGAAGACGUUCCCUUCGAACAUGAAAAUCUGCCCCCUGCUAUCGACCAAGAACCUCCCCGGAAGACCACUAUAACGAAUACCGAACGAGCCGCGUUCCAGAAGUUGUACAAAAAAUUCAAUACUGAAGGGCGUCAGCAGAAGGAGAAGGAUCAUGUCGUAGAACUUGAUCAGAUAGCAGACGAGUACUAUGAAGACGAUGAAGAUAAUUCCAAGCCGUCUCUGGACGAGGUCUUCGACCAAGUCUUGAAAGGCGAACCGCGCACUCGCGCAUCGCGUACAGUCCUCCAAAGGUCCAAGACGAGGCCUCAGCCGGCAAAGGAAAACAUCCCACACGCUGAGUUGGCCAAGGUGCGGGUUGGCAAGAGGAAAGGUACCAAUGUGGACGCGGCAAAAUUCAAGGAAAUGCGCCUAGCCGAACGAGAACGUAUCGAUGCACUCAUACGCAACGCCUCUACCGAUCGCGCCCUCUGGCAAACCCUCGAGCGCGAAGUCUUCAACAAAGUGCGUGAGCUAGACCUCGAUAACGCCAGCAACGGAGGCGUCAAAGGAUCAGCCCCCAAACCGAAGGGUGGCCCCAAACCCGGCCCUCCCUCCACCGAAGCGCGCAUUCUCUUCCAGAACUAUCCACAUCAUCUCAUAACCGCCAUCUCGACUCUUCGUAACGACUUCCCGUCUUCACCCUUACCCUUCUCCAUCCUACCCACGAUCAAGAGACUAGGUCGCUCUUCCCACGCUCUCGGCGCUACGACAACGCUAUACAAACAUCUCAUACGCGCAGCAUGGAUUCAGCAAUCCUCUUACACCGCCAUCAAUACGCUGCUCACCGAAAUGGAUGACAAUGCCAUUGAAUUUGAUACAGAUAUUCUGGGGCUCCUAGAUGCCAUAAUUAAGGAACACAAUCAAGCAAGAAGAGCUGAACUAGGAAAAGAGAUGUCGCUAGUAUAUGGCAUGGAAAUGUUUGUUAAUGGUCUACAGAAGCUCGCUACGUGGAGAGAUAUCAUUGCGCAGAGACUAGGUAUCAAGAGCGCAGAGAAGAGAACGAACAGUACGCUUGCUAGAAGGAUGCUUCCACUGGAGAAGAGAGCUUGGAGGGACACCGAGUCGCAGGGGGGAGCCGCGGAUACACAAAGGUCCGGAGCCCACUCGGAACAGAUCACGUUAGAAGACAUACCACUUGUCGAAGAAGUGAAUUCGGAAGCGGGUGGUACUUCCGCAGCAACAGCUUCUGCAGAAAAUGGCGAGGGUACUAUAUCUUUGGAACAAAGAGAUCCAGCGAGUGAAGACAAUGACGAGCAUUCACGCAUAGGUGACGAGCAUUCACGCAUAGGCGAUGAGCAUACCGAACACGAUCAUAACAAACGUGCGAAAGUCUUAUUGCAGCACCAUCAUGUAUAA